UCGAGAAUUUUGUUUUGAAUCAGUCCUCAAGCCCGUUGUUCUGUAUUUCGUUUACUACUCAAUUUCUUUGCAGAGGGCUUAUUAGUUAAAUUUGGUGUAAAAUGGUGCGAAAACUGAAAUUCCAUGAGCAGAAGCUGCUCAAAAAGGUCGAUUUCUUCAACUGGAAGGAAACUAACAAUCUGAACGAGGCGAAGGUGAUGCGAAAAUACAACGUCCAAAGGCGCGAGGAUUACACUACAUACAAUAAAUUGUCACGAAACAUCCGGGAUUUGGCGAGUAAAAUCGCCGAAGUGGACCCCAAGCACCCCUUCCGAACGGAGAUGAGCGGGUUGCUGCUGGAAAAGCUAUACGUCAUGGGUCUCAUCCCGACCAAGUGGGAUCUGGAAAAUGCCAGCAAAAUCAGUGCUUCGUCGUUCUGUCGGAGGCGGGUGCCGGUGGUGCUGCUGCGCAACAAAAUGUCCGAAAACAUCAAACACGCCACCCAGAUGAUCGAGCACGGCCACGUCCGGGUCGGUGCCGAUGUGGUGAAGGACCCGGCGUUUUUGGUACCCCGAACGCUGGAGGACUUCGUGACGUGGGUGGACGGAUCGGCGAUACGGAAGCAUGUGCUGGAGUACAAUGACAUGAGGGACGACUUUGAGAUGUAAUAAAUGGAUGUUUUGUUAAAUGAA